AUGCGUCGGCGCUACGAACGUCGGCGCGCGGCCAAGGCCAAGGCGGCCGCCGCUGCCGCCGCGGAGAAGGCCGCGCCCAAUGCGUCCGACGGCUCUUUAGCGUCCGCAGACGCCCCCACUGCAGCGACCACCGCCACGCACACGCCCACGGCCAAGAAGCGGCAGACGACGGUGCACGCGGCGGCGCAGAUCAAGCUGCACGUGCACGGCCACGAGUUCCAGAGCGGCGAGGAGAUCGUGCUGAAUCCCGACAGCUUCCCGCAGCUCAAGGAGCUCAUCUGGAAGGACUACGCCGUGGAGGUCUUCCACCCGGAGCACGCCCAGGGCGACGCGGACUUGGCCGAGGGCUCGCCGCAGAACCACCUGCUGCUCGAGAUCCCGGAGAGCAGCGCCGCGCCGCUCAAGGGCAAGAUGCAGGUGAGCGUGCUGAAGGACACGGCCGCCAUCUUCCAGCUCGCGCCCUUCAAGGACGUGACGGUGCGCUUCCUGCCCAAGACGCAGGUCGAGGUGGACUUCGUCGAGGUGUCGCUCAAGGACCAGUUCAUGUCGAGGCGAGACCUCAUGUACCUCAAGAAAUCCAUGGUGGGCACGGCUCUGUAUGUGGGCAAGACCAUCCGAGUGCAGGGCACGAGGUGGCAGGUGCUGGACGUCCGGUCCGGCGGCGAGAAGGUGCGCAGCGGCGUCAUCUCGGACAACACCAAGUUCACGUUCCGCUCGCGCACGUCGCGCAUCAUGUGGCUGGUGCAGGUGAGCCCCGAGAUGUGGGACAUGGCCAACUCGGGCAUGCUGUACCUCGAGAUCUUCCUCACGGUGGUUCGGAAUGUGCUCAAGAAGUGGAUGAAGCACAAGGUCUCGCAUAGUCUGACGAUUUUAUUCUACUCGCGCUGCUUCUACCCGGAAAUGGACCAAGAUCGGAUCUCGACGGCAUCGGGGGGAUAUUACUCUCAUGGAAACUAUACGUCGAACAGGAGGCCGGCACGUAGCGCUGCUGAUGAGAGGGAGUCAUCGUUUCCUUACGAACGCAGUGACUGCUUCUCGGUAGGUGUAGAUGAAGACGGCAGGCACUACCAGGACUUUUACAAGUUGGUGGCGUUCGACAGCAUUAUAACCGACGUGCAGCCGCUGCUGGUGAAGCUCAAGGAAGAGAUGAACGCGUUCCCUCGCGAAUGUGGCUGGAGGUCGCCCGCAGACUUCUACGUUUCGUCCUUCUCGCCGGUUGAAUCAGUCGACAAUGAGUCGGGGCCGCGGCCAGGUGUCCCAUCAAACGCGCGCGACGGCAACCUGCUGGAAGCGGUGAAUCUCGUGCUGAAUAUCUUUGAAAAGCAUCAUAUCGAUCGCGAUUUGUCCCGCAGCGGCCAAAGCGUCGUGCUGAUCACGCCGGGGAAUGGCAUUUUCUCCGUCAAUAAGCGGCUUUCGGAGAUUACAGAGCAGCGCAUGAUGGACCACGGUAUCGGCAUUGAUCUCAUCUCCCUGGCAUCGCGCCCACUUCAUAAGUGCCCACUGUUUCUCUUCAAACAGUCCGAUUUGUCUGAGCUAAAGGUGCCUGGAAAGAAAGAAGGCAACCCUGCAAAUGAACUCUGCUUGUGCAACAACAACCCACACGGAUCGAAGAAUGGAUAUCAACGGCGGUCACACACAGGCUCCAAUGAUGCUGUAACAGAUUCACAAUCAGCAGUUGCAGACAUCGGCGUGUCUUCAAUGCGAACGGGUCAGCUUUGCAAGUAUUGCUUACAGCGGAUGAAGAACCGCAAAAACUACAUCGUGCCGCUGUGGAUUCCGCUCUGGUUCGUACAGGAGAACAUGCUGAUUCCUCACGAUUGCCCGCUUGAUGAAGACAUUACCCAGUUUUGCGAUGUCUGUGCGCCGAAGAACUCCAAGAACAAGGUAUUCGAGCCGCUGCCGAUGUGUCGGAUGUUCAAGGACAACGAUCUCACCCACUUUGGCUAUUUGUCGCUCCCAAAGCCUUUGGAGUGUUUACUGAACGGCUUUCAAGUAUCCGAGUCGUCUCUGAGCGAUGACGAUCGAGGCAACGACGUCUUCGGUACGACGCCUUCUGCCGGUGGUUCUACCUACGGCGACGUGAUCCUCGCUGGGCUUAAUAGUGAUCUUGUACGCGCCCGCGCGUCCUCAAUGUCGUGCUCGGAUGACUCGCUGUCGUAUGAUGGCGAAGUGGUAACCAAAGUCCGCACCUUUUCCUUGACCGAGCAGAACAAGCUGUUGCAAGAGUACGAACGGUACGACGACGAAGUCUUCGGGUUUGCACCUGCACCCAAACUCGCGCAGAAGUCUUCCGAUAGUGACAUAAGCGUUCGCUUAGCGACAACACCACCAAUGCGACCUGGUAUGUCGUACCUGAACUCGAUGGUUAAGAAGCGCACAGGAACGAUCGGGUUCCAGUCUGGAUCGGCCGGCAAUGGGAACGAGAAUGGUAGCAGCAAUAGCGGCGGGGCUCGCUGGCGGCAAUACGAGCAGCGAGAACCUUCACCUCUGAAUGUCGACAUGACCGAGUACCGGGGGAGCCUCGAGGCGAAAGUUGGGUCGCUGGAUGACGAUCGAGACAAGCCCCGGAUAACUUCAGGCUCGUUCCCGAACACAUUUCAAAUGGGAGACGGAAGUGGUCCAAAUCACACACCAUUUACGACGAGUCCUGUGUUGCGCCCCGCGGAUGCUGCAGUGAAAGAGGACAUCUUCCACUCCCAGGCGUUCAUGUUGAAGCAGCUCACCAGCAACCAGCGUCGAUGGAGCCAGGUGCGACCAUACGAAGACCAGCAAUUUAAGAUCGCGCAGAAUGUCCUGAAGUGGCGAAGCCUUUGCUUCCCUGCGCUUUUGCCUCUCGCGAGUGACUUCAUGCCGGCCGCGAAGGAGUUGCAAGCGCACUAUACCGAGUCUUUCUACAGUGUCAUGCUUCCAGAGCGCGAUGAGCAGAAUGGAGUAACGUUCCGUGAUUACCGUGAGCUGGUGAUGGAAAUGGUGGCGCAGCGAUUAUCGCAAGACUUCCAGCUCGUCUCGGGAGAAGACUCGAGUGAGGUUGGAGAUAAGGACGGCACCGUGUUCCGACUCAGCAUGGGCCAUCGCAUCCACGAGAUUGUGUACAACGAAGAGACCCAGACGAUCGAUGUGAAGCGCUACCUUCAGAAGGUGACGACACGCUCGGAUGUAGAUAUCAUGGAGUACCGCUACUCGCUCUGGUCGCCGGUAGUGGAUCGAUUUGUCACGGUGGCUCAGGAGUUCCGGAAGUACCCGCAGAUUGAGUAUCAGUGGAACCAUCUCGACCAGUUGAUCUGCGGAUACAUCGAUGAUAUGAGUGAAGGAAUCCGCUACAAGCGCAGUCUCUACUGCCUCCUCCCACCUCGGCUUGGAGGCUCCGACGUCGGUGACCAAGAAAACCUGCGCGAUUACACGGAGGGCUGUCGGAAGUUCCUCGAGUUUUUGCGCGCCAAAGCGGACGCGAGCACUGGAUUCCCGAACGUGAAGCUCUCGACCGACUGGAGGAAGGGGAUCAUGACGAGCGGCACCGAUGCGUUCAAGCGCGUGGGCCAACGGAGUGUCAAGAUGCUGCUGCAAACGAAUGAUGCUGUCACAAGUCAGAACUGGAUCAUCGCGAAGGUUGACACGGAAGUGCUGCCGACGCAGUGCUACCACGUGGAGAUCCAGUGGCUGGUGUGCCGCAGUUCCCUAGUCGACGAUCUCAUCACUGCUAUAAGCCGCCGCGCGAAGCAGCUCGGUCUGGAGCUGCAGAAGGUCACCGAGAACGGCAUCUCCAGCAACCUGGACCUGCACCCGCUCAACUGCCCCAUCUUCCUCAAGAUCGACGACGCGUUCGAGCGGCGCAUGGUGGAGAAGGCGCUGGUCGAGCGCUUUGACUUUUGCUGCGAGGCGCUGCACCCGAUCCCGUUCACGCACCUGAACCACAACGCGGAGUACGCCAUCGUGGCGCAGGAGCCUCGGCCGCCGCGCGCGCGGCGCAUGAUCUCGUACUACCGGCAGUACGUGCAUCGGUCGCUCGCGUGCUUCGCGCGCAUGACGCAGACCGGCUUGGUGUGGAUCUCGAACCAGAAGGUGCACGACGACGAGAUCCAGCCGAUCUUCGACGAGCUGCGGCAGUACAUCGAGUCGCUGCAGGUGGCGCGCUCGUCGUUGAUGGGCGUGAUCGAUGACAUGUUCGAGCCUACAGCCGCAGCAGCAGCGCCGCCGCCGACCACAGAUGAGCAAAGGCCUGCGAGUCCGCUGCCGGAGGACCCCGCUGCUUCCAGCGAUGAUAAGAAAUUUCUGCAGGCGGCCAGCCGAAGCACCAGCAGCUGCAGCGAGGAGGAGGAGAAGGAGAACAGCCCCGCGGCGAUCAACGUGGUGGUGCGCAACGCCGCCGAUCUGCGGUCCGAUCCGAAGCGAGCCGCCGCCGCUGCUGCAGUCGCGGCAGAGUCGCUGGCGGAUCCCUCGGCAGCUGGCCGCGUCCUCCGCCGUGCCGACUGUCGUUGCAUGAUGGGGAUCGCCGCGCCGGAACCCUCGUCGCCCUCGCUCCGCCACGCGCGCGUGGCGCCCGGCAACCUGUUCCGCCGCAUGUCGGCGCAGGCCAUGGGCAUGGAGGCCGCGGCGCUGUGCCACCGCUCGCACUGGGUGCCCAAGUCGUCGCGCUCCAACUGCUCCAACUGCCGGCGCAGCUUCCGCCUCUGGGCCGGCAAGCACCACUGCCGCCUGUGCGGCGAGAUCGUGUGCGGCGCGUGCUCCACCAAGCGCAUUCUCUUCCAGAAGAAGAGCGUGCGCACGUGCGACGAUUGCGUGGACGCCAACGUGCAGAACAUCUCGGAGAUCAACCGCCGCCGCUCCACGCCCGAGUUCCUGCGCGCCCACACGAGCCCCGCGGCCUUCGACGACGACGACGACGACAGGUACCAGCGGCUCAGUCUGCCGCUGCGCGCGGCCAGCAGCCGCGGACUGCACCGGCAUCACUCGUCCCUCGCGACCUCGAUGGCCACGCCUCUUGGGUCGCAGCGCGGGACCGGCAACACGGAGGCGGAGACCUCGUCGACGGAGCUGAGGAUCAUGAACUACCGCGUCACCUUCUCGUGGCAGACGCAGGUCAUGUCGCUCGUGAUCGCGGCGCUCGUCGUCUCCAUCGCCUGCGCCUUGAAGCUCAUGGCGCAGGUGUAG